ACAGUAUUAUUCAACCAACGCAGGUGCGACAUGCUCUCGAUAUUAAUAGUAACAGCUGUUACUGUGGUGAUCAUUUAUUUUUUGCGGUAUAGAAAACCGGCUAAUUAUCCUCCUGGUCCUGUGUGGUACCCUAUCGUAGGAACAACUCCGUUAUUGAAAAAACUGUCGAGAGCUCUCGGUGGUCAACACUUGGGGUUAUCAAAAUUAGCUGAGAUAUACAAUACAAAAGUGCUCGGAUUAAAACUAGGAGAAGAAAAUGUCGUUGCUGUCUUCUCAUAUCCAGUUGUAAAAAAGGUUCUAACAGAAAAAGAAUAUGAAGGCAGACCAGAUAAUUUUUUUCUCAGAUUAAGAUGUAUGGGAAUUCGAAGAGGGGUAACAAUAGUUGAUGGUCCUCUAUGGAAAACCCAAAGAAAAUUCCUCGUUACUCAUCUUCGUAAUGUGGGAUAUGGAAAAAAAUCAAUGGAAAAUUUAAUACGCUAUGAAGUCGAAGACCUUUUAUCCAUUUUAAGAGAAAAUGAAGACAAAAAAAUUCGGAUAGGUUCAAUUUUAUCCGUAUCUGUACUAAAUGUUUUAUGGGCACUUGUAACUGGCUGUAGAUUGGAUAGAGGGGAUGGUCGUUUAAAAAGGUUAUUGGACUUACUUGACCAAAGAAGUCGAGCAUUUGAUAUGUCUGGUGGUACACUUAAUCAGUUUCCAUGGUUAAGAUUUUUGGCACCAGAUAAAACGGGGUACAGCUUAAUUAAAAACAUAAAUUCUGAACUGAAAGAUUUACUACUUGAAACAAUUAAAGAACAUUUCUCUACAUGGGUCGAAGGACAGGACAAUGACCUCAUAUAUUCUUUUAUUAAAGAAAUGAACAAUGAUAAAGGACCAAAUUCAACCUUUACAGAAGAUCAGUUGAUAAUGCUUUGUUUGGACUUAUUUAUUGGAGGCUCUCAAACGACAAGUAACACGUUGGACUUUUGUUUUUUGUUGAUGGUUUUACGAACAGAUAUUCAAGAAAAAGUGAGAAACUGUUUAAACCAAGCAUUUUCAGGACAAGAAAAUAUUAACUAUUGUGAUAGAUACAAAGUACCUUACGUAGAAGCAGUAUUACAUGAAAUACAAAGGCUCUGGAAUGUUACUCCUAUUAUUGGACCAAGAAGAGUACUAGAAGAUACAGUAUUAGAAAGUUAUUCUAUACCCAAAGACACAACAGUUUUAAUCAGUACAUAUUCAGUACACCAUGAUAAAGACUAUUGGAUUGAUCCUGAAAUAUUCCGACCCGAAAGAUUUUUAGAUUCCGAAGGAAAACUCAUUCAUCAUGAAAGAUUCCUUCCAUAUGGUUUAGGUAAAAGAAGAUGCCUUGGGGACGUCUUAGCUAGAAGCUGUAUAUUCAUAUUUUUCUCAGAAAUCAUUAGAAAUUUCUCUAUAACAAAAUAUCCAGGUAGUGAAACCCCGACAGAAGUACCCUUGCCCGGGAUAACUUUAUGUCCUCAAAAGUAUAUAGCUAAAUUUACUCAACUCUAUUCGUAGUUUUAGCAUUAUAGCUUUGAUUUUAAUGAAUAUAGAAUUCACAAUUA